AUGGUUUCGAGCAUCAGACCACUGGAUGAGUCUGUGGUUAAUAAGAUAGCCGCUGGGGAGAUCAUCAUAUCUCCCAUGAACGCUUUGAAGGAAAUGAUGGAGAACAGUAUUGAUGCUGGGGCAACAGCCCUAGACAUCUUGGUUCGAGAUGGGGGAAUGAAUCUACUACAGGUUACUGAUAAUGGAUCCGGUAUCAACAAGGAGGAUAUGCCACUACUUUGUGAACGGUUUACAACUUCUAAGCUGACUAAGUUUGAGGAUUUAGAGAGUAUAGCCACUUAUGGCUUUAGAGGAGAAGCACUGGCCAGUAUAUCGCACAUUGCUAGAGUUACGGUUACGACCAAGACGGUUGAGGACAAAUGUGCCUGGAGAGUGUCAUAUGCUGAAGGCAGGAUAAUCGGGGAGCCCAAGCCUGUCGCUGGUAAAGACGGGACGGUGAUUCUCGUCGAGGAUCUGUUUUACAAUAUGCCUUCGAGGUUACAAGCUCUGAGGUCUCCUAGCGAAGAAUAUGCCAAGAUCCUUGACGUUGUUGGCCGCUACUCUGUUCACUGUGAUCAUGUGGCAUUCUCUUGCAAGAAGUUUGGCGACUCUCAGUUUAGUUCGACGGUCAGAGCAGAUUCUUCAACUGAGGAAAGAAUUAGAGUUGUCUUCGGUAACGCUGUCGCUCGAAGUUUACUACAUUUCGAAAUGAAACCGCUAGAAGAAUUGGACAUUACUAGAGUUACAGGAAAGGUAAGCAAUUUGGAUUUUACAUUCAAGAAAUCAACAACGCCUGUAUUCUUCAUCAAUAAUAGGCUUGUGACUUGUAACCCAUUGGCGAGGGCUCUGCGACAAAUUUAUGCAAACCAUCUACCAAAGGGGAGUAAACCCUUCAUUUAUUUGAGCAUACAAAUAAAUCCUCAAGUCCUAGAUGUAAAUGUGCACCCAACAAAGAGAGAAGUUAGAUUUUUGCACCAAGAUGAAAUCAUUGAGAAAAUUGCACAUGAAUUGAAUGAUGUCUUGUCAAAUAUUGACUCCUCCCGAUCCUUCAAAGCUUCAACGAUUUUGACGGGAAAGUCACUGAAUUCAACACAACGGACCAGUAGCAGAGCAAGCUCUGCAAUCAGUAAAUCAAGUCAGCCGCAAAUUCGUGGGUAUGCCUUGAAUGCUCCUACAAUAGUGAAAAGACACGAGAAUAAAUUGGUACGAACGGACGCCUCCCAGGCGAAGAUUACAACGUUCCUUAAUCCAGGGCAAUCCCAGGCCGCAUCCCAACAGACAGCUGAAGAGCAGAUAUUGGAGUAUCCUGAGUUAACUGAUAAUAAGCAACCGACAGGUUCAGCAGCCGAAGACACGCAGGUUCAUUCUUCGCAGGUUGCCGCUCACAACGAUAAAGCACUUAACUAUCAGAACAGCGCCCAAGAAAGGGUAGAUGUCAACUUAUCUAGCGUAAAGAGGCUUAGAGAGGCCGUGGAUAAUUCCGCUCAUAGGGACUUGACUGACAUAUUUGCAAAUUUGAUCUUUGUCGGAGUCGUGGACCCUGAAAGAAGGCUCGCUUCAAUCCAACACGACUUGAAAUUGUUUCUUGUAGACUAUGGAGCCAUAUGCUAUGAAUUAUUUUACCAGAUCUGCUUGACUGAUUUCGCAAAUUACGGGAAGAUCAUUGUCGAGUCUGAAUCAGAUGAUGAUCUAAAACUUGUUAAUAUACUAUCUGGGUUCGAGCAUCUUACCAAGGACUUUGCUUUAACAAUUGUGCAAAAAUUAUGGGAUAUGAGAGAAAUGCUUGCAGAGUAUUUUGCAAUAGAUUUCACUGCCCAUACCGAAGCUCCAAAUCUCGAGGAGAUCAAGCUGAAAAGCAUUCCGCUACUACUGAAGGGCUAUACGCCGCCUUUUGCUAAGUUACCAUUUUUCAUUUACAGGUUAGGCACGAAGGUAAACUGGGACAAUGAAGAACCGUGCUUAGAUGGCAUUAUGAGACAAAUUUCUUUAUUAUACAUCCCGGAGGUUAUUGAGUUAGUUGACACGUCGAAUGAAGAUGUGCUUAAAGAAGAGAGAAUUCACUUUGUCACCAGGUCCGAAGAGAUGUCGUCUGCCCUUGAAAACGUACUUUUUCCAUGCAUAAAGAGAAGGUUCUUAGCACCCCACAAUCUGCUUAAAGAUGUAAUUGAGAUUGCAAAUUUGCCAGGUUUAUACAAAGUUUUCGAGAGAUGCUAA